AUGCUGUUGUUGGUCGUGUUUUUCUUCGUAUUGAAUGCUCUACGACUUGUUCAUGCAGUAUCUGGAACGUCAUUAACCACUUUACUUAAUCAACUUGAUGAUACGUCGAAAUGUAAUUCGCAAAUUAUUUCUUCAAGUUUACACAUAAUUCUUCAACAAUAUCUACAACGUGAAAAACCAAAUUUAUUACUAUUAGCAAAAAUUAUUACGCAAAGCUCACGACCUUAUUCAGUACAAUUACCUAAAAAUGCUAAUUUUGUCAAUAAAUCACCGGUCACAAUGAAUUCAACUGAACCGCUAUAUAUUCUACAGUUAUACUGUAAUCAGCAUCGACAGCAACGACAUACCGCUGCUAUUUGGCACCCAAUUUUGAUCUAUCCGCUUGAAACACAUAAUUCAUUUCUCGUCAUUAAAUUACCAAAUAUUGAUUUAUAUGCGUGCACAUCCUCAAAUUGUACUAAUUCGAAGGUAAUCAUUAAUUUUUGCGAUUGA